UUGUGUUUGAGAGUAGAAUAAAUUCUAACGUUUAAGCGUCUAAGUAAACAAUAAAUCUAAACAUUAAACAUGAAGUUCGCUGUUGCCGUAGUCUUGGUUGCCUUAGCCUUGGGUGCUAACUGCUCUGUCCUACCAUAUGGACCAUUUGUGCUGGGUGGACAUUAUCCUGGCGCUGUGGUUGUUGGUCCCCAUGGCCCUGCUGCUGUCACUGUUGCUGCAUCUCCUGUUCAUGUUCCCCUUGUAGCUGGUCCUGGUCCAGUUCAAGUAGUUGCUGGCCCUCAUCCCGCUGUCGUUGCUGCCCCCGCUGUAGUUGCUGCUCCUGCUGUAGUUCCCGCUCACGGUGGUACCUUCGUUGCCAAGACCCGUGGUGCAGUGCAUGUUGCUCCUCUACCCGGUCAUGCCCAAUCUGUUGUAUCUGCUAACUUGCAACCUGCUCCUGGCACUUGGUAAAUCCUCAAAACAUUUAUCUUAGCUUCAACCCCAUUUGUGAACCUAAGGGCAUAUUUUACCAUGUUAAGUGUUAUUAAGCUAUGGCUCCAGAAGUACGACAAUGUUUAUUAAUUUAAGUUGAUUUACAAACAAUUCUACUUCAUUCUCAAAC